AGCACGUAAUUUCUUUCACAUAGCUGAUUAUUUACUACAACCAAUAAUUAAUCGUUUUAAAUGGAUCCCAUGUAUUUGGCAUUAAGUUUAUUUCGGAAACGGCAUUAUGAUAAGUGUAUUGAUGUAUGCAGUGAUAUAUUGCAAAAACAACCGUUAGAUCAAGCAGCAUGGUGUUUAAAAAUGAAAGCUUUGACUAAGCAAGUGUAUGUGGAUGAUAUUGAAAGCGAAGAAAUCCAGGAGAAUGAUUUUCUGGAUGACAAUGUAAUUGCCACUGCACCUAGACCAGGAACUUCUAUGAAAACAGCCAUUAUUCCAUCUACAAGUGCUUUAAGUUCUAGACCACGUACUUCUACAGGUAGACCAAUUUCAGGAGUAGCGAGGCCUGGGACUCAAAGACGUCCGGAAUCAGCUUUAGAUAGAGUUAGAACAGCUAGACCUUUAACUGGCCAUCUAACUCGAUCGGUUCGAUUAGGAACAGCAGCAAUGUUAUCUCAAAAAGAUGGACCUUUUAUACAAGUUUCAAGAUUGAAUAUAGCAAAAUACGCAAAAAUUCCAAGUUUGUGCAAGCCACUAUUUGAAUAUCUAUUCUACUAUGAGGGAGCAGUACGAACGGCAAUGGAAUUAGCUGUUCAAGCUACCCAACAUUGCGAAUUUAGAGAUUGGUGGUGGAAAGUCCAAUUGGCCAAAUGUUAUGUAGCAGUAAAUUUGUUAAGAGAUGCUGAACAACAACUUAGAAGCGCUCUUAAACAACACCAUCAUGUAGAAACUUUCAUUAGAUUGAUUAGAAUCUAUUGCAGAGUAGAUCAACCAUUGUCUGCUACUGAUAUUGGAAACUCUGGAUUAGAGAUAUUUCCAAAAGACGUAUCUUUGAUGACAGAACUUGGAAGGUUGUCCGAAAGUCUCGGUGAUGCCACAGUUUCUGUAAAAUAUUACAGAAAUAUUUUAAUUGAGGAAGCAAUUAAUACCGAAGCAGUUGCCUCUGUAGGGAUGUAUCAUUUUUAUAAUAAUCAGCCGGAAUUAGCGCUAAGAUAUUACAGACGGGCAUUAGCUAUUGGAGCCCAUUCGCCAGAGCUCUAUAACAAUUUGGCAUUAUGUUGCCUAUACUCCCAACAGCUGGAUUUUACACUCCCUUAUUUUCAAAGAGCGUUAGAUUUAGCCACCGAUUCUCAAGUAAAAGCAGAUAUUUGGUACAACUUGUCUCAUCUAGCUAUAGCAGCAGGCGAUAUGCAACUGGCAGUUCAGUGUUUAAAUUUAUGUUUAUGUUCAGAUUCAACACAUGCUCCAGCCUUUAAUAACUUGGCAGUCCUUUAUUACAAAAUGGGAAAAACAAAUUUGGCUAAAGCAUAUUUAAUAUCUGCUAAAACUUUUGAACCGCAACUUUUAGAAGUACAUUCUAAUUUGGAAUAUAUACAACAAGCUUAAAAGUUAAUAAAGGUCUGAAAUAAACACUAUAAAUUAUGUUUAUGAAUAAUGAAUGAAAUGUUUAUUAUUUAG